AUGGCCACUCAACCAGAAGCCCCUUCCACUUCUUCUUCCACUCAUACAGCUUCUUGUACAUACGAUGUCUUCCUGAGUUUUAGAGGAAAGGAUACCCGCUACGGCUUUACGGGGCAUUUGUACAGCGCGUUGGAAAAGAAGGGAAUUAAAACUUUCAUGGACAACAAACUUGACAGAGGGGAAGAAAUAUCAAGAUCUCUUCUUGAUACAAUUGAAAGGUCUAAAAUUGCAAUCGUCGUAUUCUCUGAAAACUUUGCAUUCUCACGGUGGUGUUUGGAUGAAUUAGUUAAAAUUCUUCAAUGUAAAUUGAAGCAACAGAUAGUUCGAGUGGUUUUCUACAAGGUACAACCCUGCCACGUGCGGAGCCAAACAGAAUCUUUUGGUGAGGCGCUUGCCGAUCAUGAGAAGAGAUUCAAGGAACACAGAGAGAAAACGGAAUCUUCUGCUUCUUGUCAACAAAAACGUAGUUUUGACCAGGCAUUUGGUGACCCUGAAUCCACGUUUAGACAAAACAUGGACACGUUGGCCAAAUGGAGGAGCUCUCUUACCGAAGCAGCGGGCUUGUCUGGAUGUCAUUACUCCACAGGGUAUACUUCUAACAAUCAUAAUUAA